GGGUUACCCGGAUGAAGCUCGGCCUUAUAAAAGGGACAAUUGUAGGCGGGGAGACUGUAGUUCAAACAACAGUCGUUAGUCGGUGGUCGGACCGUCGAAUUUUUAUUUGUACGGAAAUUGUCGGAAAUUAUUUGUACAUUUUAAAUAUGGCUGGUGGUAAAGCUGGGAAAGACUCCGGGAAGACCAAGACCAAGGCUAUUUCACGCUCCCAGCGAGCGGGACUGCAGUUCCCCGUGGGUCGUAUCCACAGACACCUCAAGUCCAGAACCACCAGCCACGGCAGAGUGGGGGCCACUGCAGCGGUGUACAGCGCGGCUAUCCUGGAGUACCUCACCGCCGAGGUGCUGGAGUUGGCAGGAAAUGCGUCCAAGGACCUUAAGGUGAAGCGUAUCACUCCGCGCCACUUGCAGCUGGCGAUCAGAGGAGACGAGGAGCUGGAUUCGCUCAUCAAGGCCACUAUUGCUGGCGGAGGUGUGAUUCCUCACAUCCACAAGUCUCUGAUCGGGAAGAAGGGGCAGCAGAAAACCGUAUAACGCCGAGCGCCCCGGGAAAAAGUCGUGCCAUCUCAGGACGAAGUCUGCAUCAUCAUCAUCAUGUGGUUUAAAUGUCUUUAGGUUUAGAAAAAAACACCUUUUAGGAGUUAUUUUUAUGGUUGAGCUUGCAUUUACUCACCUGGGGGUAUUUUUUAAAAGUGGCUUCAGAGAAGCUCAUUUUUUUUUUUUUGGUUUUUUUUUGCCUCGUUUUUUUUUGUUUUUCUUUUAUUGUUCCGGUGCUGCAGUUUGUGUUGAAACUUGCUUUUGUGGCGUUCCCAUGUUUAAAAAGGAAAAAAAAAAAGUGGUGUUUUAAUAAAGCUCUCUCGCAGUUUCUUUCA